ACCACUCCCCCACAACAGAGCAGCACUCUCCUGCCUCCUCAUCCCGCAACAAACCUGGAGGAGAGAGAGCGCAACUACAUCCCUGCCCCUGCCUCCUCCUCACAGCGUUGGUCGCCAUCCAUCCCCUCUCCUCUCCUCCUCCUGUACCAUAACAGAUGGUGGGAACAACAUUGCAUCCACCGGGCACCACAACAAUAGACCGCAGCAUCCAGUCCAGACGACGCUGGCCUUGCACCAUCAUGCUCCUAGUGCAGGACUGCGUGAGGCUGUGAGUGCCGUCGUGAUUCAUUUCACGCGGUACCACCACGGCCACGGAGGAACCUUCUUGCGACUGUUUGGGCUCUCCAUCGAGCGGGGAAGAUGGCCGCUAUGAAAAUAUUAACAGGCACAGGGCUCUUCUUGGCUUUCUGUGCGCUCGGGCUGCUCGCCAUGGCGAUUUGCACCGAUUAUUGGUACGAGACCGACGCGCGGAGACAUCGAGAGAGGUGUAAAAACUAUGCCAACAAGCGAAACGACCCAGGGUACAUCUACAUUUCAAACCACAACCUCCCCCUCCAGAUGCCUCCAAAGAGCCUGGAGAGGAAAGGUAACGGCCCAGAUGCUGGAGCUCUCAUCAGGGGGAAGCGGCACUUUCUGGCCGCCGCGUCUGCCAUGGAGUCUCAUUGCAGCCGGCAGUUUAACUCCACCAUCUCCGGGCUCUGGAGGAAGUGUCACCGGGAGGGAUUCGACCUGGAGACCGAGGACCUUAUUCACCAAGGAAUAAUUCAAAGAUGUACCUCAGUCAAGUAUCACUACUCUUCGUCCAUCCUACCACGAAAUUUACCCAUCAACAUCACAAAGACCAUACGACAGGAUGAGUGGCAUGCACUCCAUCUAAGAAGAAUGACGGCUGGCUUUGUGGGCAUGGCCGUGUCCAUCAUUCUCUUUGGCUGGAUCAUUGGAGUGCUGGGAUGCUGCCAGCAGCAUGACCUCAUGCAAUAUGUAGCUGGGCUACUCUUUCUCAUGGGAGGAACAUGCUGCAUCAUCUCCUUGUGCACAUGUGUGGCAGGAAUUAACUUUGAGUUAUCCCGCUACCCCCGCUACAUGUACGGCCUGCCCGAGGACAUUAGCCAUGGCUAUGGCUGGUCCAUGUUUUGUGCCUGGGGUGGCCUCGGUCUCACAUUGCUGGCUGGCUUCCUCUGCACCUUGGCCCCCUCCCUGAGCACGCCCGCUCGUACAACGACCCACAAGCCGAGGCAGGAGAAUGGAACCGUGUGACAGAGGCGUCGUGAAGCGACUGACCCACCGGACGCACAAACCACACCCUACCAACCUUGAUGUUUAACUCUGAAACAGUUUUUGUCUGAUCACCAUCUCACACCACCCUCAACAUCGCCAUCUCCCCUGAGUGUUCAGUGUGCCUGAGUUGCGGCCGAAAGGAGCGAAGUAACGACAAACUUCACACACCUGAUCUUGAAAUUUCCCAGAGGGACCUCCAGGAACACCAAGACUAUCACCCACAGUAAUGUUCGACUGGAGCAUGGCUCUCAUAGCACAAAUAAGACUUUUUUUUUUGGUUCAGAUGUUUGACAUGCUGACUUUAUGGCAAUCUAAAAGGUGACUGUUUUCUCUGAAGAGAAUUUGUCUUAAAAUGGUGCUCUCUUAAAUACAUAAAGCCACACACACUCCCACGCAGCACACACACACCAGCACAUGCUUUUCCACACAUGCUCAAUUACUCUGGAUGAAUCAUGGGAGAAAAAAAAACACACAGAAACAUCAGGCCAGAGCAUCUUGUCAGCAUUCCUCUUUCAGUCGAGUGAUGUGUGCUGUGUUAUUGUUCGUAAUGAAAAAAAAAAAAAAUCUGGUGUUGACUGCCCAUUGCUUAUCUUUAGUGUAGCACACUAACUGAUAUCAAACAUGAGCCCCAGGGGGAACGUCUGCAGCCUCUGCAGAGCACAAAAUUGAUCUAGCAGCGUGGUCGCUACGAUAAAAUACGCUAAAGCAAAUCUGCAUUGAGAAGAAAAGGGUUUGAUGCUUCUUUAAAGAUUCUAUAUGUACAAAUGCAUCUCUAUGUAGAUCCAGAUCAUUGUUUGUGUAAUAGAUUUUGAAUAAGACUGUUUGUUUUCUGUUUGUUUCGAGGCAAUGAUGGCUGACAGUGAGGAGAGCAUAAAGAGUUACAGGGUGGUGCUACAGGAGCAUGAAUCCAUUAUUGGAUUUGGCUACAUAAAGGUAUUUUGUGGUACCAAACUGACAGAUGCGACACGGUUGUUUGCUGAUGACAAGAAAACAAAACCGUGGAGGAAGUAUUAGAUUGCUCCAUUGUUUACCCUCAAUAUUGGUCAGCCUUUUUGUGUAAUACAAGCAAGUUAAGCGAUUUAAGAGGAAGGAGAAAGGAAAAAAAAUGCAACUUCAGUGAUCCUGCUAAAAACAAAAGCACAAGCUGCGUUCCAAAUCCUCAUCUGCACCAAGCACAGUAACAUAGUAACAUCACACAUCAGUAGAGGACCACAGUGUCAUCAUGUCUCCACUAAAAUCUGGCUCAGUUAGCGAUUAAACAAUGAAACAAGCAGAACAGGAAAGAUCAUUUAAGUGAUGGACAUCAUGGUAUUGCAGUGCACACUGGUAAUGGAUGAGCUGUUCUUUUCUUAAACUAUAAAUCAUGUUUGACUUUAAAGUUCAGGGUUGACGGAGGCAUUCAGGAUUCCCAGUUUGACUGAUGUGUUGAGCACAUCUUGUAUAAUUUAUUGAGCAUAUUUAUUGUGUAUUAACUCAGAAAAUAGUACGCUGUAUAUGAUGUAGUAUGCGUACUUUUGUGAUUCAAUCAUUGGAUUAAAAAUACCUCUGAAUCUGGUGUUGAAAAAAGCACAAAUAGUAAUUUAGAAAGGACUGCAGUGAUAUAUGUGAAAAGCUGUAUCCAAAAUACACACUGUUUACUAAUUAAAGGACAAAAUUAAGUACACGUAGGUAUUCAUAAUAAAAUUCCUUGACUUUUAAAGGUAUAUUAUGCGGGAUUUUCCUUUAAAACAAUGUGUAGACUCAUACAGAAGUAAUCCCUCUUAAUUAUCAAUUAUGACCCACUACAAGUGUGUGGCGGUGUAUUUUUCUGCAGAAACUCCACCCUCUGCCUGUAUUCUCUUAUAUUCUUCUUAUUCUCUAUGUUCAGGAUGUUUACUGGUGUGUUCCCCCACAGCGAGGUGAGGUCAUGGCCUUAUAAAAAGAUAGCGAUCAGGUGCCAGCAACUGAAUCAUCAUAGGUAACUGGACUUGAGUUUCUUGAAGAUGUUUCACCCCUCAUCCAAGAGGCUUCUUCAGUUCGAACGGACUGGUGAAGACUACAUCAAACAGCCAUCGUUAAAUAGAGGAGGUAGCCGAAGACACCACUUAUCACCCACCUACAAAUUCAGACUUGGGAUCCCUUCCCAGACGACUUAACACCCAUUCACACCCGGACCCAUCUAACCCUAAUGACACACAUGAUUGCAGGGUGGGUGAACAACUCACAUGUGACCUCAGCGACACUGUGAGGGUUCACACCCACACAGAGUUGAAAGCCUGCGACUCUGCACCAGUCCGGUAGACCUGAGGAAGCCUCUUGGAUGAGAGGUAAAGUGUCUUCAAGAAACUCAAACAAGUCCAGCUGCUGGACAACUGAGAGUCUUCACCGACAAUUUAAAUAUAGUGCGGCGAAAAGCCAAACAUGAGUGAACUUAGGGUUGGCUUUACUUUGACUUUCGCAGUAACCGACAAUCCUGCAUAGUAUACCUUCAAAUGUUGGACAACAUUUUGAAAACAAUGGAAUAAUGAGUAAAAAUGAAGUGAUAAAUUCUUGGAGAAACAUUUUUUUUUAAUUUAGAAUCAGAUGUGUGGUUUGGUGCACAAAUCAGUAAAAUGCGCCAGUUUUUGUGUGCUAACUUACAACUAGGAUGGGACUGUGAUUUAAUAAGGAAGUGUAGCAGUUUGGACUUUAGUUUGCUCACUGGUAAAAUGAGAAAUGAUUCUCUUGGUGACACUUGUGGAUGAUAAUAACUCAAAGCAGUCAGUUUUUUCUGUUACGCAAACAUGAUUUUGUCCCCCCAGUCAUUACAACUCAUUUAUUUUCUAUUUGUCAAACUCACUACACAAGUUCAUGAAACAAGAAUAUUACAGCCAUGUGUGACAAAGUUUUUAUAAAUAGCUGGAGAUGAGUCAUGAGAUAGUCUAUCAGCUAUGUCAAUUAACUUUCUUAGAAAAAAAAGGUGUUAUAAUGUGUGUUGACAACACUGUGUAUGAUGUUCAGUCUCUUCACCAUCACCAUUAACCUCCUCACGAGGCUACCACGUUACAGAAGUCAGAGGAAAUUAACUGAGGCAUGAUUGAAAACUGUAUCUUCAGUGUCUUGUUGAAUCUUUGCACUUUGCUGGGUCUCAUAACAGUCUGUGAACCUGAAGUCUGAGCAGGUGGCGUUCUACAUUAUAUGUUUUCGCGAGGUCACACACGGGAGCAAAAGAUGAUCAGAGCAUGUAAUAAGCACACUGUUGUGUCUUUUACAAAGAGUUUGGGUUUAUACCAUGUUGUGUGUUUAGGGUCAGUCGGUCUAGGCUCUUAUUGUGAAAAUAUUUAUGCCAGAAACAAGGACAUACCAUAAAUAUAAAAGCAUUUAUAUCUAUGGUCAUUACACUAACAACCGAGUCAGUGUAUUUUCUGACGUCCACAGAAUGCAAUGCUGUUUGGUGUUUUGGUUUUUAUAAAGUUUUAAGUUCACACCCAAACUGAUGUGCAGUAAUAUAAGUAUUACUGUAAGCAGUAAACUGUAAUGUAUAAGUACAUGGUGCAAGUAUAAUGUGUUGUUAGGACUGAAGCACAAUUGCACACAACUCUUACAAGUUUUUUGUGUAUUAUAGUUGGGAAAUCUGACUUUUCCAGUGCUGAUUUUGCCACCACUGCACACGUGCAGGAGUUUAUCAAAAGAGUAUUACAAGAAAAAAACAUUUAAAGCACAUAUUUACACCCCUGUAUCUCAAAAAAAAGAGUAAAUUUCAACAUAACAAUGUCUGUAUUUUAAAACUGAGAUUCUGUCAUUAAUUGGAGUUUGAAUACAAAACAACAGUAGCACACAGUAGCAAGAUUGACAAACCAUUACGAAUUAUGUGCUUUAGAGAACAAAUGAGGUCAACACAGCGUAACAGUGUAUUUGAAAUUGUUGUAAAACCCCUCUAAAGUGGCAACUUCCUUUGUUUCAUGAGGAACUUAGUACAUGUACUCUGUGCAACGAGAGAUGCCCUGUGAAAACGCCACCGUUUAGAGUGGCACUUGUUUCAGUAGCACAGCUAUUAUUUUCUACAAGUCAUUUAUACUGGUUCAAUCCACUGCAGAUGUUAUGUGGGGACUAAAAAGACAUUACAGUCUUGCAUGAUCUCAUUACAGUUAGUUUCUUUCAAUAUAUUCAAACUUGUGUCCAUUUUUAA